AUGAGAACGCCAGCAACUGCUGCUGACAAAAACCAAUUUUUGCAGGUUACUCUCGGCCUCAGCAAACUCGACCGUCGUCGGUAAGAUUACGGAAGAAGAUGUCUCCUCACAAGGAGAAGGUGGCAUACUUAUGAUUGCGCCUGUUUGUUCUAUUUCAUGAGUAAAGAAGAAGACCGGUUGGAUACUGGCAUAUUUUCUAUUUCUGCGUUGUUUGCCAGUUCUCUUAAAACAUAAUCCCAUGGAAAUUGCCAUUCCUGCGACGUAUCCACCCAGAAAUUUAAAAAAGCUUCUCCGUCCGUAUCUGUCGCCUCUCGAAUAGCACAAAACUCAAUUCUCGGCACCCCUUUAUGAGGGCACUUUGCAAACACAAGAUAGUUGGCUGGCUACCUUUCCGCGUGUUACAAUAGCUCGCGAAGUCAAUUUAAUCAGUUAUUGUCGGAGGAAUGAUGUAAACGUUGUUAUACAUGCGAUAUGUGUUUCUACAAUUUUGGUUUAUGCUUUUGACAGGAAGUAUUGCGGUUUCAGUGCUUCCAUACUUUCAAUUAUUCCUUUUUUAACCAGCUUGAUGGUGACUUCAAUAUACUCUUCGAGUUUGCAUUUGAUCGAGGAUCGUUCACUUGUCCGCAGGCUGAAACAUGUCGUUUAGUUUCAGAACUAUCCAAGCAUUUUCGUGUAGUUGAUCAUAUUUCACGAAUUAGCAGUAAUUAAUCAUAUUGCCCCAACCGGAAUUAAAAUAAUUGACAUUUUGUUUUUGUUGGCAUAAAGAAAUUCUGAAAAACGUAGCUCCUAAAAUUUUGGUUGCAUGAUUCAUUUUAUGGAUCAUAAAGUAAGUAAAAGAUACUAGAGGACGUUUUCUGCGGAAAAUUCAUAUCAAUUAUCAAUGUUUGAAAGUAAUAACCAGUUUCAACGCAGUGUUUUAACAUACCUUCUAAGCAACUAUUUGUUUUUGUCUCUCGCAAGUGAGUGCAAUGUCCAGGUAGCCCGAAUCUUUAAUAGAUACUCCUUAAUAGUACUCCUAUUUCCAAAUACACUUUUAUAACUGCCCAUCCUGGAAUAUAACAACUGACACUGAGGUUCGUGGGGUCGCCAGAUGUAAGGGUCUCCUAGAGGCAAAGGGAGGAAUAUCACGUACCCAUAUCCAUAUGCCGUCUUAUAAUCACCCCAGGUCACUAAAUCUUACUCCCAUAUAACGUGUAAGUCUCUUCCAAAAAAACAGACACCUGGCUGGAUCGACUUUCCAUGAAGAACUUUUCUCUGAAAAUGGCCCACCUUUUAACGGUGAAUGACGCAACCCAAAAUCGAGACAUAUCUUAGAAUUUAAUACAUUUUUGGAGACAUCAGAAUGUGCUGGCAUAGUUGAGAAUGUCUUGAGAAAUUUCAACAAAAGAGGGAAACUCCUCAAAUUUACUCAACUUCCCGCGAUGAUUCCAACGCCUUCGGAGUAGAUAAAGAAAAUGUUGCAAGCUAAACUACACAUACUUGGUUACUCCAUAAGCUGUUUCCGACACAUUCUGUUUAGAGUUCCAAAAAAUCCUUUGCUUCGAGGGCUGCGCUGCGGUCAAAUUUUUGUUCAAAAUAACAAAUGCAUAACGAAGAAAGAGACACUUGGGGCAUAUCAUAUUUGUUUUAUAAAUAUGCCAAUCAAUAAUUGGGCAGCACGUUUGAUUACUGUGAUUUUCAGGCUGUCUGGUCAUACGUCACCGGCAUACUACAACUGCCCACGCGGGAAUCGCGCUGGAUUCACACGGAGGCCAGAUCGGGAUAAAGUGUACGUUAUAGGGCUGUGCAUCCAUAAAAAUGCACUAUAUGGAUGCUGUGGUGGCAUCCCUAGGCUAGGACUUACGCCGUGCAAGCCACGUGCACUCAAUCCCGCCCCAGGUCUUGACAUUCGGUGUGGGAAGGCGGCGGAGGAGAGAGUGCGGUAGAUGCAGCGAAAGUCCCCCUCCCUGCGCGCACUCCGAUGAGGGACGCAUAGUGGACAUCGUCAGAAACGACUGUCGAACCGUCAGUUAUAGUUCAGUUACAAUGCACCCAAUCUUCAAAAAGAGGCACUCUCUUCAACAUAUGUAUCGAAUUUGACCAACGCACCUGGUAAUAAUGCUCGGCACUGCACUCUUCAUUCCCUCGCUAAUCAGAGUUUUAGAAUGAUGUCAUCUGCCUCUUCUUGACUUUUCAUUGAAUGAAAUUUUAAGCGGUGUUUACCCUCGAUCAGUAUCAAAUGCAGACAUGCAAGCAAAGGCCAGAGAAAGUCGCCCUGGUUGUUGGAAAAUUCAAUCUCCGCUAAAAGGGAACCAAACCAGGUAGCAUACAGAGGACAUAUGUCGACAGCGCAAAAGUCACAAAUUGGAUUUACUGAUACUCUAAACGUGGUUUAUGCUCUCCGUGAAUCUAUUUAUGCACCCUUAUUCUAUUCAAAUCCGUAAAUAGACACUUGCGCUUUCUGGUUAUUUUAAACAAGAGAGAAGGGUUGUAUAUGCAUAACGUUUUCUGAAAGAAACGUAUAUCGAUCUGCAGACUGUCGUUUUCAGAGUGUUCAUUUCUUACAUUAGACAAAAAUUCAUCCACCUAGACACUUAGUCUGUUUUUGUUGAAAUGUAAAACUGAUAUCUGGUGCAUACUGAUAAAUAAAUAACUAAACUUAAAUCUAUUCGGAAAUUGAAAAGCAUUUUAUUUCUGCUUUGAAAAUUGUCUUUUAAAUCCUAAACUUGCACGGCGAUCCCGCAAAGUUCGUGUGCUCUUAUAACUUAACAUGAACACACUCCGAAAAUGGCCAUCGUUUUACAUGAAUCCCCCUUCGACGCUUAAAGAAUCUGGCUCAGGAUCCAGGUUUGUGCGUGUAAUAAUGACCUGUGUGCAUUUUCGGGGCGGUAACAACUUAAAGGAAUUCCUUACCUUUAAGCCUUGAUUUGCAAAUAAAUGUCAGUUAUUCCAAUCCCACAGUUUGGGACGCAUAGCUGGCAUCAGUAUAAACGCUUCGCUCGACCAGGGAAGGCAUUUGGUUGCAGAGGUUUUGCUAAGCGAGAAAAGCAAGUCCCUAGGGCGGCCACUGCAUGAAGACUGGACUUAUCUGUGCCAAUUCCUCCACUGAGGUGAACAAUUGGACUUGCGACACAUUUAUUCGGGGGCAACUAAUGACUGGUAAGCGGUAGACUAAUAGUCUGAAUUCUAGAAAAUUUUGUUCCACACGACACCAAAACCACUAAUUUUUCACAGAAGCUGGCCGAACGUCUGUCUGCGCCGUUUUUACAGAUAAAAGUGCAAAACUCGCAAAUACUCUACGGCAUGCCCAAGCACUUACCGCCAUCAUCAGCAGGGCUCUAACUAAAAAACUUACGACUGCUAGACAAAGUGCAGCAGUUUAUUUGCCUAGAAUAUUGAUUUAGCCAUUCAAGUAUCAAAUUGCCAACAACCUUACUAUAGUCAGCAUCAUGCGUGUUAUCAAGACAGAAACUUGUUAGACAAAGUUUGUGGUAUUCCGUUUUUAAUACUCCACAAUCAUUUUGUGUGCAUGGUACAGCUGACUUCAAAAGGCUGUUGCUGUAUAAUCCACUGUUAAUUAAGAAUACUACAGACAAACUUCAUCGUUUCUGUACGGAAUAUAGAAACUACAUACUGAAACCUUCAAAUAAGCGAGAUCUUACGACUCUCCCGAAAGCAUCAGGGGCAAAAUUUUCCUCAUUAAUAUCGCUACAAGCCGUUUUAAGUCGUGAGUAAGGAUGUUUCUAUUAAAUGCUCAGUUCAGAAACCUAGACGCGUAAGCCAACGGUUAUUGUUUAGCGUACGCUCUUACUCACCUACACAUACUCACAUUUAUUUAGUUUCGCAAUUCACGAUUUCCACCGUUAAAAAUAUUAAAAGCUAAAGGCUCACGACUGCGACCAAGUAAUCCAGAUGGUAAAGACGCCGGUUGUUAUAAACCCUUGUCCUCACAGCCGAGAUAUUGUGUCCUGAACAGGUCGCCAAUUUCUAUACAUCCGGGAGAGUUGAAAGAGGUAUGUGGUUCAUACAUUUGACAGACAGACCCCCUUAGUUUAACAGACAGAUAAUCUGGCCUGAAUCUAGGGAGGUGGCUGUCCUACUCCGUCAGGGGACAAAUAUUUUCCGGUUGCAAAGGUUUCGCGUUGAUGAGAUAUGAAGACGUUUAACCCUCACUAAUUAUUCUUUAUGCCCACUUUUAGAUAUGCUGUCAUCUCACGACAAAGGUGAGUCGUAUGUGUUAGAAGCAGCUUUUGUGGAUUCUUCAGGAGAACUCGACAAAAAACGAUAAGUAUUAACAGGUGGGCGUGCAAGUCACUGUAAAUAAAAGCUAAACUUGACGUCAAAUAGUAGUUACGCAACCGAAAAAUAACGGGUCGGUAACAAACAGAGAACGAAAAAUGAUAUACAUAUAUAUAUUAUGACAGUGGGCGCUCGUCGAUCAGGUUACGGAACAUGCUCGUUCCGUUGUGCCUUGGGGCUCAUACUAGAACCCUCGCAGGCAGUCGCACAGCGACUAGUAGUAGACAUAGAUGAGAUGGAGCCGACAAAGACAAGGGAGACCGGAAUGGCCAUUUCUGGCUUAUUAGCCGUCAUCAGCCGGUCAUACCCAACCCCAAGUGUGGAUCACUUGAGAUUCGAACCCGGGAUCUUUGGUCAUGGAGUUUGACGCUCUACCAUUGAUGCAGGAGGGUCGCGCCCAAAAUCAGUCGGUCUAAUUCUCAAGUAACCUAAACCAUUGUCUCUCUGCAUGUCUUCCACAAGCUCUAUUACUUUUGAACAUAAGGGACUGGUAAAAAAUUGACGAAAUUGCUAUUGUUAGAGGAUUCGAGGUCUUGGAAAAGUUUACUUUCUUCUGGGCAAAAUUAAACAAAGUUUACAAAAAAGUAGCCCAAAAGAUUCCUGCGAGAGUCUUUAUAGCCAUCCAUAAUGACAUAAGGUUGGUGUGAUUGACAACCCCGAAAUUUAAAUUUGGGUCUUUUUAAUGCAUAUAUCGGAAAAAUAGAGCAGCAAUCAUUACGCUGGAGAAUAAAUGGCUGUUUUUUGUGAUCAAUAUCUUUUAUUAACAUUAAUAAAAUUCGGCUUGUGUUUGUACUUAUUCUGAUAAAAACUCUGAUGACUAUGCACUCUAACUUCGCCAAGGGUAAUAGUACAGAAUAAUUUCGAGCGUCCUGGUUCCCAUGAGAGAAAUGCAAUAAACCGAAUAAAAACUUCUUGCAGUUGUUAAUUUGAUUCAAACGCACUAGAGGAAACAUUUUGUAGGCGGUUGUGAAUUCUCAUUCAUAGACCUCAUCGCCAAAAAAUAAUUUCGUAUAGUUGAAUUACUUCUCCCAGAAGUCAAUAAUGCACAUGCAUUCCUUCAAUGUGCACCAAGCAAAAAGAUGGGCUAGUAGCGGUCAAGCUUUAAAAGGCAAAGUUCACUUGUAGCGGCAUAGGCGCAUCCCCUGGUGACUGGUAAGCUUGAACAAAUAAGCGUGAAUGUGGUGACAUGUCUUACGAAAUAUGUGCAUUCCGUCAGCUCAAAAUCAAAAAAAUAACAGACAAGUAAGGACGGGAAAAAUGAGACAGAAGUCGUUCCGCAACUAGUUACUUGGCCUUCGAGCAACCAAGUCACCGACCAACACCUAUGGUCAGAAGCACAAACAUUUGCACGGAAAUUGUGCAAAUCGUCCGUGAAAGUGUCUAGGUACUGGGUCGGAAGCUUCAUCAUCUUCGUCAUUGCCAUAACCACCACCACCACCACCACCACCACCACCACCACCACCACCACCACCACCACCACCACCACCACCACCACCACCACCACCACCACCACCACCACCACCAUCUCCCAAUUGUUACCAAAGCACAGACUUCAGUCCCCAGGAAGGUCGGCAUAG